GCGUUCUGCGCGGCUGCGGGGGUGGUAGGGCUUGCCGGGCCGAAGCUACUCGUUCGCCGCCCUCGGCUUAGCCCGUGGACAGGUCGGAGCCUGUCUGCCUUCGCCCCGGCCGCCUUUCGCAAGGCCACGGCUUCAUCUGCUUUUGUCUGUAACCCCAACCAGGAGUUUUUCCUGCCACCCGCACCUUUCAGCGUUUGUGAGAGCUGCAAGAAUGGUGAAUGUUCUGAAGGGCGUUCUGAUUGAAUGUGACCCAGCAAUGAAGCAGUUUCUGCUCUACUUGGAUGAGUCAAAUGCUUUGGGAAAGAAGUUCAUCAUACAAGACCUGGAUGAAACUCAUGUCUUUGUAUUAGCAGAGUUGGUUAACUUCCUCCAGGAGAGAGUGGGCGAGUUAAUGGACCAGAACUCUUUUCCUAUUACUCAGAAAUAAAAAAGAUGAGAAAUGAGAUUGCUGCCAAUUCUUAAAAAGCAAGUUUCAGUAGUUUGGGUUGUUACUGUUUUAAUAGACCGUGGUUACUAAGUUCUACGCUAAAGUGGCUAUUCUGGAAAAUGGGUAAUUUUCAUAGACAAAAUACUCUUGAACUGAAUUUUAUUUCUCACUUUGAAAUAUUAUGGUAUCUUCAUUAAAAUCCAUAAGAUGAUACGCUUAAGGGUGUGCAGAGGGGUAUUUUUGAUGCAUGAUUUCUGGUUUUCCUUUAGAGUUAUCUCGUGAAAUGGUAUGACCCAAAAAUGAGUGAUGUUUCUGUAUUGGAAUGCUUUAUGAACCUUCCUGACAUGUUAUAUUCCUGUGGAAUUGAUUAAAUUUGCUUAUAGUGUGACAUAGAAUGUAAAGAAAGUCUGUGCUUGAUGGAGCAUCCCCAUACAUUGGAGACAUGGUCAGAUGAAAUCAAAUUCUUCUCUAACUUAAUGAGUUUUAGAUACCAAAAUAAUAGUUUGGUUUUGUUUUUAUUUUUAUUUUUAUUGUCACACACUUUACAUGCACUCCAUAAUAAUUACCUGCUUUUACUGAUGUUAUCGCUUCUGUGUUGUUCUGAGUUUGAGGAGUGGUGGUGAGGAUUUAAGAUUUUGACAGAGGGUGAAUGCAAAAUCUGUAAUCCUGCACCAUAACAUUGAGCUGUAAACUGGUUACUUGCAAAUCAACGAUAGCAAAUAGAAGGGGCAGUACAAAUUUGAGACCAAUGCUUUAGAUAUAACUGCUUGUCUAUUUUUUUUUUUUUUACUGAAGCUAAUAUGAAACCACAAGAACCUAUGUGAAUAGGAAGGGGAAAAUAAAGAGUUGAUUGCUCUAUUUAA